AUGUCCUCGCCGGAAAUAGAUACUUGGACCGGGCUGCCGCCGGAAAUCAAAACGUCCAUUGCCCAAUAUUUGGAUAAUAAAGAUUUGAAGGCACUCCGGCUCACCAAUUCCUCCUUCUCAGCCAGCGUCACGUUACGCCUGCCGAGGGUCUAUUUAUCGCUACAUCCUCGUGAUAUAGCCGUCUUUAAGGCUAUAGCGGAUCAUCCUCUCCGUCAGAAGGUCACCGAAAUCGUCUACGAUGAUGCUCGGCUGCCUAGGCUGUUCCCCUUGAGCGCCGAGGAACAAAAACAGCGUCGCGAAAACCCCCUUUUUAACGAAGCUGAGGCGGAGGAAUACGGCGAGAUCAACCAUCUCAAUAGAGUCUUCCACGGUGAGGCCAGAUGGUCAACUUGCCCCGUGGAAGAGUGGUACCGUCGAAGGCUAGAGAGGAUCGCGGAUGACGCGAGGGCGAGGUAUAGCGACAUGAGCCCUAAGCGUUAUCCAGUUGUGACCGAGCGGGCGCUUAAAACGGCGGCACAACCUGAUGCGAAGGUCUCUCUGGGCCUGUAUCAAAAGCUUUAUAAGGAGCAGGUGAAAACCGCCGAGGUGGACGCUGAUAUCGAGGCUCUACGCUAUGGAAUCGGCCGCUUCCCCGCUCUGAAGCGCAUCACAAUUACGCCGGCCGCUCACGGAGCUCACUACAGCCCCCGGUACCAUACACCAACGAUCCGUUCCCUCCCCUUUGGGCUCAACUAUGUGCUCCCUCGUGGCUGGCCAUACCGCAAUGAUAAUUUUCUGCAGUAUACCCCGGCAUGGCCUCGUGCUCCUAUGCAGAGCCUAGCAGCAGAAGAACAUCGGAUGCUGUGGCGAGGCGUUGUCUCUAUACUCCAGAUGUUGGCCCAACAGCCGCAUCUGGUGCCGCCGGAGCUUGUGUUUGAUGUGCACGGGUUAAACACCGGCCUCAACCCGCACAUGCUCGGCCAGCCGUCCGUGGACUACGACAACCUAGCCACCGUUUUGCAGCGAGGAUUACGGCGUCUGGACCUACCGAUUAUAAUCGGAGGAUUGGAGGAUGAAGGUUGGGACCCUCUUAUCAAUGGAAACUUUCGGAGUCUCCUCGAAAAGGCUCCCGGCCUUGAACACUUUCGACUUCGCGCUGACGCUUCCGAUAACGGGCCCUCAUUCCCACCUCUUCAAUCAAUGCUUCCUGUGGAAAAGUGGAAAAACCUUAGACACUUUGGCAUUUCUGAGUUCGUCGUGAAUAUUGACGAUUUGAUAUCAACACUUGCGCUACUGCCUAAAUCUCUACGUUCCGUGGAGUUGACCUUCCUGUACUUUGCAAAUGGAUCUUAUAGAGCGCUAUUUGAUGCCAUGAAAACCAGGCUUGACUGGCCUUCGUGGCCGAGCGGCCAACGACCUACGGUUACCGCCGCUCUGCCAGAUUAUCUCUUCAAUCCCGAGUCAACAUGUGGUAUUUGGAUUAGCGAUGUGGUUAACGAGUUUUUAUACGGCGAUGGAGAGAAUCCCAUACAGUGGGGCGAUAAAUGGGUUCACUAUGGCGUUGGAACUAUGAAAGAUGAGCUCGACUGUGACUGGGAAUUGCCCAACUUACAAUACCAAGACCUCUUCCGCCUUGGCCAUUACUCGAAUUAG